GGCGCCCCACCGAAGUUCACUCCACCGGCGAAGCUGCCUGAGAGAAUCCCACGCAACUCGGGCACCCACUAUGUCAACCAAGACGCUCAUCUCGAGGAGCGUUAUCCAUUCAAGCCCUUGUUCAGCGCUCUCGAGAAGACAAAACCGGAUUAUGACAUGAAGGAUGUCGAUAUCGUUGCCGACACCGGAACUUUCCUCACUCUGCUUGGGUUCCUUGAUGGCCAAACCGAAGAGGACAUUCGCAUCGAACUCCACCUCGUUGAGAACACGCUCGUUCUUACUAGUCGCGAGCAGUAUACGUCGGUUAAUAUCGACCCAAAGCGGGGAAGUCUGCGGCCUUACGAGCAUAGCUUCCCAAAGCACUGCUCCGAGUUUCCCGAGAAGGAGAACGGUGCGCACACUCAUCAUCGAGCUGUUCGCUAUACCCUCGGCGGUCUAAACUUCAUCGUCAAGUACCAGCCCCAUGCAUUCUGCGAGGGCGGGGACUACGUCACGGAAGGAACGUCCGUCGGCUCUAACGAGUCCGCUCAGGCCGGCACCCAUUCGCGCAACGUCUCUAACGGGUCUGCAUCCACAACCGCCUCUCUGCCCUCCAGCAAGCGCAUCAAGGCACCCUGCUACGCCGAACUCACCGCCCGCUUUGAAGGCAACAAGUUCAAGGAAGAGCCCAUCGACACCCCAUACCACUUUCCGCGCAUGUACUUCGGACGAAUUCCAACUAUCAUUGUCGGAACCUACCGCGACGGCUCGUUCAGUUCGAUUCAAGCCUUCGACUCCAAGCGCAUGCUCAGUGAGUGGGAGGUUGAACGCCAGGAGGACCUUCGCAAACUGGUUCGACUACUCCGCGAUUGGAGAGAUGCGACGGAGCAGGCCGGCGGCAAGGCUGUCGCGCUGUGUGACGCCCAAUUCUGGCCACUCAAGUUCGAAGUGUACAAGAUGCAGUCACCCCGCGGUGUAUUGGAGGAGGCAAUGGUCAAUAAGUUCUGGAAG